AUGUCCGCUUCUUUUGCCACCGCGAAAGCGAGCGCGUUUACCACCGGGGGUACAAGUUUGACCACCACCCGGGGGAAGAAGUCUUCCACCAAUAACGGAAGAAGAAUCCAAAAAACGAUAACGCGCUCGGAAGCCAUCGCGCAACAGCCGAAGGAAAACCAAACUAUGUCGGCGAUGUCAAACACGAAAUCUGUGGCGGCCAUCAUCUUGGGUGGCGGCGCCGGUUCGCGUUUGUACCCGUUGACGAAGACUCGUUCGAAGCCAGCCGUGCCUAUCGGCGGCGCGUAUCGUUUGAUCGACGUGCCGAUGUCCAACUGCAUCAACUCUGGGAUCAAUAAAGUGUACAUUUUGACGCAAUUUAACAGCGCGAGUUUGAACAGACACUUGGCGAAGACGUACAACUUUGGUAACGGGAUUGUCAACGGCGGGUCUGGGUUUGUGGAAGUUUUGGCGGCUACGCAAACGCCGACGUCCACGGAAUGGUUUCAAGGCACCGCGGAUGCAGUCAGACAGUACUCGUGGUUGUACACGGACGUGAAGAACAAAGACGUCGAGGAUAUUGUCAUUUUAUCGGGUGACCACUUGUACCGCAUGAACUACAUGGACUUUGUCAACCACCACAGAAGAACGAACGCGGACAUCACUAUCGCGGUGUUGCCGCUGGACGACAAGAGAGCGUCGGACUUUGGUUUGAUGAAGUGCGACGAAAACUUGAGAAUCUUUGAAUUCUCCGAAAAGCCGAAAGGGGACGCGUUGAAAGCAAUGCAAGUCGACACGACUUUGCUCGGCCUCUCUGCCGCCGAAGCGAAACAAAAGCCGUACAUUGCCUCCAUGGGAAUCUACGUCUUCAAGAAGUCUUCUUUGGACGAAUUCUUGAACAAAAAAUACGCGGACAACCACGAUUUCGGCGGAGAAAUCAUCCCGUUUGCCGCCAGAGACGGCUAUAACGUCCAAGCCUACCUCUUCAACGAUUACUGGGAGGACAUUGGAACCAUCAAGUCCUUUUUCGAAGCGAACUUGAACUUGGCUGCGGAUGAGCCGGACUUUGAAUUCUACGACGCGGAUUCUCCAAUCUACACUUCGCCGAGAUAUUUGCCGCCGGCCAAGAUUCAAAACUGCGAGGUUAAGAACGCCAUCAUCUCGCACGGUUGUUCUUUGUCCGAUUGCAAGGUGAACGAUGCCAUCAUCGGUAUCCGAUCCAACAUCGGUAAGGGCGCGAACAUCGACCAUGCCAUGAUCAUCGGCGCCGACCUCUACGAGUCCGAAGAACAACGCGCCGCUUUGUUAGGCGCCGGAGAAAUCCCGAUCGGUAUCGGAGAAGGUUCCGUCAUCAAGAACGCCAUCAUCGACAAGAACGCGAGAGUCGGUAAGAAUUGCACGAUCACCAACGUCAACAACGUCGAUUUUGACGAUAACGAAGCAGCUCACCCGAACUACUUCAUCCGCGACGGGGUUGUCGUCGUCUUGCAAGGAGCGACCAUUCCGGACGGCACCACCAUCUAA